GCCAACGCCAACGGCAAUGGCAACGUGGCGUUCCUGAGCCCCGAGGAGAAGCAGAAGAUGCUGGAGGAGCGCAGCCGCCGCUGGGCCAAGAUGAACGCCAAGCGCUACGGCGAGAAGCGCAAGUUCGGCUUCGUCGAGUCCGUCAAGGACGACAUGCCCCCCGAGCACGUGCGCAAGAUCAUCAAGGACCACGGCGACAUGAGCAGCAAGAAGUUCCGCCACGACAAGCGCGUGUACCUGGGCGCGCUCAAGUACGUGCCGCACGCCAUCUUCAAGCUGCUGGAGAACAUGCCCAUGCCCUGGGAGCAGGUCAAGGACGUCAAGGUGCUGUACCACAUCACGGGCGCCAUCACCUUCGUGAACGAGAUCCCGUGGGUCAUCGAGCCCGUGUACAUCGCCCAGUGGGGCACCAUGUGGAUCAUGAUGCGGCGCGAGAAGCGCGACCGCCGCCACUUCAAGCGCAUGCGCUUCCCGCCCUUCGACGACGAGGAGCCGCCGCUCGACUACGGCGACAACAUCCUGGACAUCGAGCCCUCGGAGAGCAUCACCAUGGAGCUGGACGAGGAGGACGACGAGGCCGUGAUCGAGUGGCUCUACGACUCCAAGCCGCUCGUGGACUCCAAGUUCGUCAACGGCCCGAGCUACCGCAAGUGGCGCCUGCCCGUGCCGAUCAUGGCCAACCUGCACCGCCUCGCUGGCCAGCUCAUGAGCGACCUGAUCGACCCCAACUACGAGUACCUGUUCGACAAGAAGUCGUUCUUCACGGCCAAGGCGCUGAAUGUAGCCAUCCCCGGCGGCCCCAAGUUCGAGCCGCUGUACCGCGACCUGGACGAGGACGACGAGGACUGGAACGAGUUCAACGACAUCAACAAGAUCAUCAUCCGCCACCAGAUCCGCACCGAGUACAAGGUGGCCUUCCCCUUCCUGUACAACAGUCGACCGCGCUCGGUGCACAUCCAGCCGUACCACACGCCCGUGCUGUGCUACAUCAAGGCGGAGGACCCGGACCUGCCGGCGUUCUAUUUCGACCCGAUUGUGAACCCGAUCUCACACUUCCGCGUGAAUCGCUCUGGGAAGAAGGAAAAUGGUGCCAAGGAAGAGGAGGAAGAGGAUGAUGACGACGACGACGAGUUCCAGCUGCCCAUGGGGUUCGACCCUCUUCUCACGGACGAGCCGCUGUACACCCCGGAGACGGCCAACGGUAUCGCUCUGUACUGGGCGCCGCGCCCGUUUAACUUGCGUACAGGUCGUACGCGCCGUGCCAUUGACGUGCCGCUUGUGAACAAGUGGUUCCAGGAGCACUGCCCCCAGGGUCAGCCGGUGAAGGUUCGUGUCAGCUACCAGAAACUGCUCAAGUGCUGGGUGUUGAACGCGCUGCACCACCGCCCUCCGAAGGCUCUGAACAAGCGCUACUUGUUCAAGUCGCUCAAGUCGACCAAGUUCUUCCAGAGCACGGAACUGGAUUGGGUCGAAGCUGGUCUGCAGGUCUGUCGCCAGGGAUACAACAUGCUGAACCUGCUGAUUCACCGCAAGAACCUGAACUACCUUCACUUGGACUACAAUUUCAACCUGAAGCCCAUCAAGACUCUUACCACGAAAGAGCGCAAAAAGUCGCGUUUCGGUAACGCCUUCCACUUGACGCGAGAGAUUCUGCGUCUGACGAAGUUGAUUGUGGAUGCUCACGUCCAGUACCGAUUGGGCAACGUUGACGCGUUCCAGCUUGCUGAUGGACUCCAGUACAUUUUUGCCCACGUUGGUCAGCUGACAGGCAUGUACAGAUACAAGUACCGUUUGAUGCGCCAGGUCCGCAUGUGCAAGGACUUGAAGCACUUGAUCUACUACCGGUUCAACACUGGACCGGUGGGCAAGGGACCUGGAUGUGGUUUCUGGGCUCCUGGCUGGCGUGUGUGGCUGUUCUUCCUGCGAGGUAUUGUGCCGCUGCUUGAGCGGUGGCUUGGAAACUUGCUGGCGCGGCAGUUUGAGGGUCGCCACUCGAAGGGUAUUGCAAAGACUGUCACCAAGCAGCGUGUGGAAAGCCACUUUGACCUGGAACUUCGUGCCGCAGUGAUGCACGACAUUCUUGACAUGAUGCCGGAAGGCGUGAAGGUGAACAAGUCGCGUACGAUCAUGGCACAUCUCAGUGAAGCAUGGCGCUGUUGGAAGGCGAACAUCCCCUGGAAGGUGCCGGGCCUGCCUGCUCCUAUUGAGAACAUGAUUCUUCGCUAUGUGAAGUCCAAGGCAGACUGGUGGACCAAUGUGGCGCACUACAACCGUGAGCGUAUCAAGCGCGGUGCUACUGUUGACAAGACCGUUUGUAAGAAAAAUUUGGGCCGACUGACCCGACUGUGGCUGAAGGCGGAGCAAGAGCGUCAGCACAACUACCUCAAGGAUGGUCCCUAUGUAUCGGCUGAGGAGGCCGUAGCGGUGUACACGACGACCGUGCACUGGCUGGAAAGCCGCAAGUUCGCGCCUAUUCCGUUCCCGCCACUUUCGUACAAGCACGACACCAAGCUUCUCAUUCUUGCGUUGGAGCGGCUGAAGGAGAACUACUCCGUGAACAAUAGGUUGAACCAGACCCAACGUGAAGAGCUCGGACUGAUUGAGCAGGCAUACGACAAUCCUCAUGAAGCGCUGUCCCGUAUCAAGCGACACUUGCUUACCCAGCGAGCUUUCAAGGAAGUGCACAUUGAGUUCAUGGAUCUGUACAGUCACUUGAUCCCGGUGUACGACAUUGAACCGCUGGAGAAGAUCACAGAUGCGUACCUUGACCAGUACUUGUGGUAUGAAGCUGAUAAGCGCCACCUCUUCCCGUGCUGGAUUAAGCCCAGCGACUCUGAACCACCCCCGCUGCUUGUUUACAAGUGGUGCCAAGGAGUCAACAAUUUGCACAAGGUUUGGGACACAUCUGAGGAGGAGUGCGUGGUGAUGCUUGCGUCCAAGCUCGAAAAGGUUUACGAGAAGAUCGACUUGACGCUGUUGAACAGGCUGCUGAGAUUGAUUCUGGACCACAAUAUCGCCGACUACAUGACUGCGAAGAACAACAUUGUCAUCGCGUACAAGGACAUGAUGCACACGAACUCAUACGGUCUCAUCCGUGGACUGCAGUUUGGCUCCUUCAUCUUCCAGUACUAUGGUUUGAUUUUGGAUCUGCUGCUGCUGGGUCUGACCCGUGCUACUGAAAUCGCUGGUCCACCCGAGCUCCCGAAUGAGUACCUGUCGUUCAAGGAUACUGCAACGGAGACACGGCACCCGAUUCGCUUGUACACGCGCUACAUCGACAAGAUCUACGUGUUGUUCCGAUUCGACGCGGACGAUUCUCGUGACCUGAUUCAGCGGUACUUGACAGAGCACCCGGAUCCGAACAACGAGAAUGUUGUUGGCUACAACAACAAGAAGUGCUGGCCUCGCGAUGCACGUAUGAGACUGAUGAAGCACGAUGUGAACCUCGGAAGGGCAACGUUCUGGGAUAUGAAGAACCGCUUGCCGCGAUCGAUGACUACGUUCGAGUGGGACAACAGUUUUGUAUCGGUGUAUUCGAAGGAUAACCCGAACUUGCUGUUCAACAUGUGCGGAUUCGAAGUGCGGAUUCUACCCAAGAUGCGUGCUGUUGAUGCCGAAUUCACGCACAAAGAUGGUGUGUGGAUCCUGCAAAACGAGACUACCAAGGAGCGCACAGCGCAGGCGUACCUCCGAGUGGAUGAUGAGUCAUUGCACUCGUUCGAGAACCGGAUUCGCCAGAUUUUGAUGUCUUCUGGUAGUACGACCUUCACGAAGGUUGCGAACAAGUGGAACUCGGCACUGAUCGGACUCAUGACAUACUACCGUGAGUCUGUUGUCCAGACUCAGGAGCUGCUAGACCUCCUUGUGAAGUGCGAGAACAAGAUUCAGACUCGUAUCAAGAUUGGAUUGAACUCGAAGAUGCCGUCCCGAUUCCCACCCGUCGUGUUUUACACGCCGAAGGAACUGGGUGGUCUCGGUAUGCUGUCGAUGGGCCACGUUCUGAUCCCCCAAUCUGACCUUCGCUACUCGAAGCAGACUGAUGGUGGUGGUGUGACGCAUUUCCGUUCGGGUAUGUCUCACGAAGAGGACCAGCUGAUCCCCAACUUGUUCCGCUACUUGCAGCCUUGGGAGUCAGAGUUCAUUGACUCGCAGCGUGUGUGGGCUGAGUACGCUUUGAAGCGACAGGAAGCUAAUGCUCAGAACCGUCGCUUGACGCUGGAGGAUCUGGAAGACUCGUGGGAUCGCGGUAUCCCGCGUAUUAAUACGUUGUUCCAAAAGGACCGUCACACACUCGCAUACGACAAGGGUUGGCGUGUACGGACAGGCUUCAAGUGUUACCAGGUGAUGCGCCAGAACCCUUUCUGGUGGACCCACCAACGGCACGAUGGUAAGCUGUGGAACCUGAACAACUACCGAACGGAUAUGAUUCAGGCGCUGGGUGGUGUUGAGGGUAUUCUCGAGCAUACGCUGUUCAAAGGCACGUACUUUCCCACGUGGGAAGGCUUGUUCUGGGAGAAGGCUUCCGGUUUUGAAGAGAGUAUGAAGUACAAGAAGCUGACGAAUGCGCAGCGGUCGGGUCUGAACCAGAUUCCCAACCGUCGCUUCACGUUGUGGUGGUCGCCGACGAUCAACCGCGCAAACGUAUAUGUCGGCUUCCAGGUGCAACUGGAUUUGACCGGUAUCUUCAUGCACGGCAAAAUCCCGACGCUCAAGAUCUCCUUGAUCCAGAUCUUCCGAGCUCACUUGUGGCAAAAGAUCCACGAAUCAUUGGUCAUGGACCUUGUUCAAGUGUUUGACCAGGAGCUGGAUGCCUUGGAGAUUGAGAAUGUUCAGAAGGAGACAAUCCACCCGCGGAAGUCGUACAAGAUGAACUCGUCGUGUGCUGAUGUUCUCCUCUUUGCUGCAUACAAGUGGCAAAUGGGACGGCCAACGCUGUUGCACGACACGAAGGACAGCUACGAUGGAUCGACUAGCACGAAGUACUGGAUUGAUGUGCAGCUUCGUUGGGGUGACUUUGACUCCCACGAUAUUGAGCGUUACGCGCGUGCCAAGUUCCUGGACUACACGACGGACAACAUGACGAUCUAUCCCUCUCCGACGGGUGUGCUGCUUGCGGUGGACCUUGCGUACAACCUGUACAGUGGUUAUGGCAACUGGUUCCCUGGCUGCAAGCCACUCAUGCAGCAGGCAAUGGCGAAGAUUAUGAAGGCAAACCCCGCCAUGUAUGUCCUGCGUGAACGUAUUCGCAAGGGUUUGCAGCUAUACUCUUCUGAGCCGACGGAGCCGUAUCUAUCGAGCCAGAACUACGGUGAACUGUUCUCCAACCAGAUCAUUUGGUUCGUUGACGACACGAACGUGUACCGAGUGACGAUCCACAAGACGUUCGAGGGUAACCUGACGACGAAGCCCAUCAACGGUGCCAUUUUCAUCUUCAACCCGCGCACUGGUCAGUUGUUCCUGAAGAUCAUUCACACGUCAGUGUGGGCAGGCCAGAAACGACUGGGUCAACUGGCGAAGUGGAAGACCGCCGAAGAAGUAGCAGCCCUUAUUCGAUCGCUGCCCGUUGAAGAGCAGCCGAAACAGAUCAUUGUGACGCGCAAUGGUAUGCUUGAUCCGCUGGAAGUGCACUUGUUGGACUUCCCGAACAUUGUCAUCAAGGGCAGUGAGCUCCAGCUGCCGUUCCAGGCGUGCUUGAAGGUUGAGAAGUUCGGCGACUUGAUCCUGAAGGCGACGGAGCCUCAGAUGGUUCUGUUCAACAUCUACGACGACUGGCUGAACACUAUCACGUCGUACACUGCAUUCUCCCGUUUGAUCUUGAUUCUGCGCGCGCUGCACGUAAGCAACGACCGUACCAAGAUCAUUCUGCGGCCUGAUGGAGAGACGACUACACAGCCACACCACAUUUGGCCGUCACUGACUGAUGAGCAGUGGCUGAAGGUGGAAGUGCAGUUGAAGGACCUGAUCUUGGGCGACUACGGCAAGAAGAACAACGUGAAUGUUGCCUCGCUGACCCAAUCGGAGAUCCGUGAUAUCAUUUUGGGUAUGGAGAUCUCGGCGCCGUCGCUCCAGCGGCAGCAGGUCGCGGAGAUCGAGCAGCAGGCGCGUGAGCAGAGCCAGCUUACGUCCGUGACGACGAAGACGGUGAACAAGCACGGUGAUGAGAUGGUGGUCACCACGACCAGCCAGUACGAGCAGCACUCGUUCGCGUCUAAGACCGACUGGCGCGUGCGUGCCAUCUCGGCGACCAACCUGCACCUGCGUACGAACCACAUCUACGUGUCGUCAGACGACAUCAAGGAGACCGGUUUCACAUACGUGCUGCCGAAGAACGUGCUGAACAAGUUCAUCACCGUGUCAGACCUGCGCACGCAGAUCUGCGGGCUCAUGUACGGUGUCAGUCCGCCUGACAACCCGCAGGUGAAGGAGAUCCGCUGCAUCGUGAUGCCGCCGCAACUCGGCACGCACCAGAGCGUGACGAUCCCGCUCCACCUGCCAGACCACGAGUACCUGGAGGGCAUGGAGGCGCUGGGCUGGAUCCACACGCAGCCGAACGAGCUGCCGAGCUUGCCGCCGCAGGACGUGACGUUCCACUCGAAGAUCAUGUCCGAGAACACCUCGUGGGACGGCGAGAAGAGCAUCAUCAUCACGUGCAGCUUCACCCCAGGUUCGUGCUCGCUGACGGCGUACAAGCUGACGCCUGGCGGCUACGAGUGGGGUCGGCAGAACAAGGACAGCGGCGCGAACCCUGCGGGCUUCGCGCCGACCCACUACGAGAAGGUGCAGAUGCUGCUGUCGGACCGCUUCAUGGGCUUCUACAUGGUGCCGGACGAAGACGUGUGGAACUACAACUUCAUGGGCGUCAAGCACAACACGGGCAUGAAGUACGACCUCAAGCUGGGCAACCCCAAGGAGUUCUACCACGAGAUCCACCGCAAGACGCACUUCAUGAACUUCAGCGCGCUCGAGGCCACGGACGAGGACGUGACCACCGUGGACGAGGAGCAGCAGAACGUCUUCGCAUGAGCCAACAGAUCGCCAAGCUUGCGGCCAAUGGCUCCAUCAGAUCCCCCCUCCGUAAAAAAUCUCCACCACAUUCAUCAGUAAUAAUGCAAUCGUCUUUGUCAUC